GGUUACGUUGGUAAUGAAGAAUUGACGAAACAAUCUUUUAGCGAAGAUGGUUACUUUUUUUCCAAAGAUUAUGGACGUGUGAAGCCUAAUGGAGAGUUAAUCAUACAGGGUCGUACAGAAGACAUUGUGUCAAGGGAUGGAAAUAUUUACCAUGCAAGUCAGAUAGAAAGUUUAGUUCGAAAAGCUCCCGGUGUUUACCAAGUUACUGUUAUAAAUGUUACUGUCAACCAGAAAGAAGAUUUAUGUGCCUGUAUAGUUCCACGAGUUGGGGUGUCAGUUUCGGAGCAAGAUGUAAGAGAUUUUUGUGAAAAUGAG